GUUGGGAUAGUGACGUGUGCGCUUCGGGACCUCUCAGCAGUUUCGAUUCAGGGAGCAGCAGGCAGAAACAGAAUGUCAGAGGGGGACAGCAUCGGAGAUUCAGUUCAUGGGAAGCCUUCCGUGGUGUUCCGGUUCUUCUCCAGAUUUGGACAGGUUUAUCAGUCGUGGCUAGACAAAUCUACGCCGUACACGGCCGUGCGAUGGGUGGUGACUCUUGGGCUAAGUUUACUCUACAUGAUAAGGGUGUAUAUACUACAGGGCUGGUACAUAGUGACGUAUGCCUUGGGUAUUUACCACCUAAAUCUCUUCAUAGCAUUCUUAUCUCCAAAAGUAGACCCAUCCUUAAUGGAAGACUCAGAUGAGGGGCCAUCUUUACCCACUAAACAGAAUGAAGAGUUUCGUCCCUUUAUCAGGAGACUGCCGGAGUUUAAAUUCUGGCACUCGGCUACUAAAGGGAUCGUCGUGGCAAUGGGAUGCACUUUCUUCGAGGCGUUUAAUGUGCCCGUCUUCUGGCCUAUCCUCGUCAUGUAUUUUAUUAUGCUUUUCUGCAUCACUAUGAAGAGACAAAUCAAGCACAUGAUAAAGUACAGAUAUAUACCUUUCACGCACGGCAAGAGGAAGUACAAAGGCAAAGAAGAAGCCGCCACAAAGCCAUUCUCCAGUUAAAAGAAACUUUUGACUUUCUUAUGUAAAAAAAAAAAAUCAAACCAACAAAGAGAAAAGAAAAAAACAACAGUUUUGGGCCAUUGUAACAAUGCCUUUUUAUUCACAUAGGCAGGAGUGAUUUUAAAAGCUGGUAGUGCAUUUUUCCAGAUUAUUUUUUCUUCAUUUUCCCUUCUUUCUUGGUAAAGACAUCAUUUUGCUUUUGAUACUUUGUUUUUCUUCUCUCUGUUUAUUUCGGCAGCUAUGGUGGGCCGCAUUCUGAUGUUAACUCUACGUAGAUGUUUUAUGGAUUAAACCUUAUCUCGCUAACACAGAAUUACCAGGUUUUAAAAACACUCGCCUCAUUUUGAGUAGCAUUUUGUGCACUGCAUAUAUUUGGUUACAUCUCCCCAAAAUCCCCAAAACAUAAUAAGAAACCUAUUCCUUAGUAACCAAAUUCCAGCAGUGCCUUUAUUACUCCAUCAAGUUCUCCAACGUGGAAUGAACAGGGUGACCUCGGUAACACCCAGGAAGGUGUAUACAGAGUUUGGCGCUAGAGAUUGUCCCGGUAGACUGCUGGAUAUAUUUUAUUAGUGAGUUUGAUGUAUAAGAAUGCCAAUGUUUCGGCUUCAGACGUGAAACGCUUUGCCAUUCAGUCUACUACGGUUAGGUAUCCAUUCUCAUAAUGAACCGACAAACUGAUACUGGAGUUUUUGUAGCCAUUUUCAUUUUAAAUUUCAUAUGAACAGUUUUUGUUUUUCGGUACACCAGAAAGCAUGCUGUCCCCACAUAAAGAGUGCACUGUAGUAACAUCGUAGACUGCUCCCAAUAAAUACGAAUUCAUGAAUGACCUUUAACAAAA